AUGACACCCUAUCGAGCGGUUCGAUAUCAUCUCAAAGAACAAGCGGCCGCCGGUCUUCGUCCAGCGAACCCAAAGGAGCUCUACAAUCUUCGACAUGCGUCCCUGCAAAACAUAGUGGAGCGACUGUUCGGUGUAUUUAAGAAAAAGUAUACAAUUCUUAAGAGUCCACCAGAAAUUGAUCUGUCUAAACAAAUAAGGUUGGUCUACUCGCUGUGUGUACUAUGGAACUUUAUCCGAAAAAACGAAUCGUUCAGCUCCCUUAUGGAAGAGUUGAAGGAAGCCGCUGAGGAACCAAGCGACACACCAAUCUCAACCAAUACGGUCUAUUCGCCGGCUGUUGAGGAUGCGCGCAUGAAGAUACGGCGUGAUCGGAUUGCAAAUAAGAUGUGGGAUCAGUACAUUUCUUACACCGGCCAGAAGUGA